AUGGCUUUGCUCAUCCAGCUUUUCGUUUGUGCCACACUGAUCUCAUUCACAGAAGGAUUCGACCAUGAGGAUGUGAAGGAGGCUUUGCUACAAAAACUUGGAUUAACCGAACUUCCCAGGAUUCAGAAGAGAGAUUUGGAAAACAUGGUCAUUCCAGCUCAUAUCAAGAAUAAAUACAUGUCUAUGCUGAAACUGCAUAACACGAGAAAGAGGAGAUCUCUGCCAAGUUUGGCAGGAAUCCUAAGAGGCAUUCAUGGAAGUGCAGAUAUAACAGGAGAAGUCAAGUACUCUGACACAACUCGACAGCGUCUUGUGUUUAACAUGGAGGAGAGGUUGCAAGAAAACACUGAAGUUACUAUGGUAGAACAACUUUACCAGACAGCCGUGUCGAACCCAUCCGAAUCAAAGCGAAGACACCACCACAGGCCCAUUAACCAUGCCAGAGUCAGUAUCUACUGGGUGGAGGUGUUGGGAAACGGCUCUAACAGAACAUCACUUGUCGACUCAAGACUGGUUCCUAUCCACGAAACUGGCUGGAAAAGUUUUGACGUGACUCAAGCGAUUCACUACUGGUCUAAAUCCAAGAAGAAAGCACCUUUGUAUCUGGAAGUGUGGACUGAGGGAGAGAGGCCUGGUAGCUAUGCAGCCGAGAUGGCCAAAAGGGUGCGCUUCGCGACACAGGACCCAAAAGAGAACACCCUGGAGAAAGACAUGGGUACACCAGAACUUGUGCUCUACACCCUAAACCUGGAUGAAUAUGGAUCCCAGGGUAACUGCAAUUCCAGUCCAAACAGCAGCAAGUGUUGUCGUGAAGAGCACUUUAUAAACUUCCGCGAGCUCACCUGGACACAGUAUUGGAUCAUUGAGCCGGCCGGGUACCAGGCGUUCCGCUGCGCAGGAGGAUGCAAGCAGCCUCAGCGCGGUUUCUAUGGUUACGGGCAGAGGACAUGCGCUGUGAUGGAGAGUGCGCCGCUGCCCAUGAUGUAUCUGGUGAAGAAAGGAGAUUACACUGAAAUCGAAGUGGCAGAAUUCCCAAAUAUGAUUGUUGAGAAGUGUGGAUGCUCCAUGGACAAAAUCCCAUCACUAUGA